AUGGGAAUCUUUCUAUUGAAGUGGCCAGAAGAGGAUGAUGGGGAUGCCAAGGAGCCUACGGAAGAACAGUGUGAGGAAACAACCUCCUUGCUUUUAGGCCCAAGUCUGUUUUGGUGGGUCACUUUAAGAAGGAUGUCAGAGCUUGGAGAGGCUAUAGCCUUCCUCAGAAGAAGCUAGGCUGAGCUACUUCUGCUCUAGACCACAGCCUUUGAUGGUAAGAAGAAAUGCUGGAUUCAUGAUGGCAAGAAUGCUUAGACUGAGGCCAAAGUGAAAGGGAGUGGAGAUGAUGGCAAAAUAAUGUUGAGACAACAGAUGGAAAACUCCGUAACAGGUAGUCUAAGUGUCAAGGAAGAUAAAGUCCAGUACAGGAACCCACUGAAGUUUGAAAUGAUUAAAGUCAUGGUAAUGUUGACUCAUCUCAAUGAAGCAUCUGUGCUGCAUAUCCUGAAGAGGUGCUAUUGAAUGAUCUAUAUGUAUUCAGGUCUCCUCUGUGUGAGCAUAAACCCUUACAAGUGGCUUCUAGUGUAUCAGGAAGAAGUCGUAGCUGCCUACAAAGGCAAGAGGCGAUCAGAGGCUCCCCCUCACAUCUCCACCGUUGCCCAUAACGCCUUUCAGGAUAUGCUUCACAAUUGAGAGAAUCAGUCUGUACUCUGUGUUGGAGAAUCUGGUGCUGGAAAGAUUGUGAACAUCAAACAUAUCCAGUAUUUUGCCACUAUAGCAACCACAGAUGAGUCUAGGGAAAACUCAGGGAACGUUAGAGAUCAAAUCAAGCAAGUGAAUCCUAUCUUGGAAGCAUUUGGAAAUGCCAAAACCCUGAUAAAUGACAACUCUUCUCAUUUUGGGAAAUUCAUCAAGAUGCACUUCUGUGCCAGAGGCAAGUUGUCAUCUGCAGACAUCAACAUCUAUAAGUGGCCAUAUUUGCUUGAAAAAUACUGGGUGAUUUUCCAGCAGCCUAGAGAGAGUUGCUGCCACAUAUUCUAUCAGAUUCUGUCUGGAAGAAAAGAACUUCAUGAUAUGCUCCUGGUGUUUGAAAAGCCCUCUGACUUUCACUUCUCUCAUGGGGUAGUUUCUGUGGAGAACUUGGAUGUUGCCAAAGAACUGCUAGCCACAGUGCAAGCCCUGGCCCUCUUGGGCUUCCUUCCUGAUGAGAACUAUGGAUCCUAUAAAUUCACUGGCAUCACACACUUUGGCAACAUGAAAUUUAAACAGAAAUCCAGAGAAGAGCAAGUGGAAGCAGAUGGCACAGAAAGUGCUGACGAGGUUGCUUUUCUUAUGGGCAUUAACUCCUCUGAGUUGGUGAAGGGCUUAAUCCAUCCUAGGAUCAAAGUUGGUAUUGAAAGUGUUUCUGGGGGUCAAAACAUGGAACAAGUAAGGUGUGCUGUUGGUGGCCUGUCCAAGGCAAUAUGUGAAAGGCUGUUCAAGUGGCUGGUGGCAUGAAUCGACAGGGCUGAUACCAAGCUGUCACGGCAGUCCCUCACUGGCAUUCUUGACAUCACUGGUUUUGAAAUCCUGGAUCUAAUCACACUUUUGAAAUAUAACAGCCUUGAGCAACUUUGCAUUAAUCUUAACCAAUGAAAAAUUGAGUUCUUCAUGCAGCACACGUUUGUUCUGGAGCAAGAGGAACAUAGGAAAGAGGCACUGACUUAGUCCAUGGACGUUGGUCUGGAUUUGCAAGCCUGCACAGAUCUCGUGGAGAAGCCAAUGGGCAUCUUUUCCAUCCUUGAAGAGGAAUAUAUAUUUCCUUAGCCUACAGAUGUGGCUCUCAAAACCAAGCUUUUUGACAACCAUUUGGGAAAGUCAGCUCAUUUCCAGAAGUGUGAGCCUGAUAAUAAGAAGAGAUAUGAAGCUCACUUUGAACUUGGGCGUUACUCAGGAGUGGUGCCUUAUAACAUCAGUGGCUGGCUUGAAAAGAAGAAAGAUCUUAAUGAAAGAGUGGUGACUGUUUUUCAGAAGUCAUCCAACAGACUCCUGGCAAACCUUUUUGAAAAUUAUGUCAGUACCAACAGUGCUCUACAGUAUGGGGAGAAAAAAUGCAAGAAAGGAGCUUCAUUCCAAACAGUUGCAUCUCUGCAUAAAGAAAACCUAAAUAAAUUGAAGACUAAUCUGAAAUCAACAAUAUCUCAUUUUGUAAGAUGCAUAAAUCCCAAAGUGAACAAAAUGCCAGGUGUAAUGGAACCUUACUUGAUUCUACAGCAGUUGCGGCAUGGUGUUUUAGAAGGGAUCAGGAUAUGCUCUGGGUUUCCAAACUGACUGCUGUGUGCUGAUUUUAAACAAAGAUACUACAUUCUGAACCUGAGGGGCUUUCCAAAGGGCAAGUCUGUGAGCAGUAGACAUGCAGCUGAAGAACUAGUUGUCUUGGAGACAGACCAUAUCCAGUACCACUUUGAAAUCACUAAGGUAACCAAAAAACUACAAAGAAUGGAUGCACUUCUUUUGAUCCAGUGGCAUACAAGAGCUUUCAUGGCUCUGAAGAACUGGCCCUGGAUGAGGCUCUUCUUCAAGAUCAAGCCUCCUGUGAAAUCUGCCACAAUGGGAAAGGAGAUAGCAGGACUGAAGAACGAGUGUGUGCAAGUGCAAAAAGCCUUGGAGAAAUUAAAAUUUCAGAGGGCAAAGCAAGUCUCCCUCAUCAGGGAAAAGAAUGACCUGCUUUUCAGCUGCCAGCUGUGACAAGAGACCCUGGCAAAUGUUGAAGAGCAGUGCGAAUCGCUGAUUAAAUCCAAGAUCCAGCUGGAGGCCAGAGUCAGGGUGCUGCCUGUGCAGGUGGAGGAAGAAGAGGAGAUAAAUUCUGAGUUGACUGCCAGGGGGCAGAAACUUGAAGAUGAAUGUUCUGAGUUGAAGAAAGAAAUCGAUGACCUGGAAACAAUACUGGUGAAGUUGGAGAAGGAGAAGCGUGCUACAGGGCACAAGGUACUUUUUCUAUAAUUCAAGAACAUGACUGAGGAAGUAGAAUCUGUAAAUGAUAACGGCAAACUUAACAGAGCAGCCAAGAUCAUUCAGGAGACCCAUCGGCAGACCCUGGAUGAUCUGCCCAGAGAGGAGGAGGAGCUCAGCAACCUGAGCCAGGCCAAGCUGAAGUCGGAACAGCAAAAGCUUGAGGGUGCCGUUGAGCAGGAGAAGAAAGCAAGAAUAAACUGUGAAAGGGAGAAGAGCAAACUGGGUGAUUUAAAGAUGAACCAUGAGGGGCUGGGGCACCUGGAGAGGAGCCAGCUGCAGCUUGAAGAGAAGCUGAGGAAGAAAGAAUUAGGAAUGAAACAGAUGAAUUCAAAGGUGGAAAAUGAGAAAGGCCUGGUGGUUCAACUUCAGAAAAUAAAGAAGGAACUGCAAAUUUUAAUUCUGGAUUUGAAAGAGGCAUUGGAAGUUGAAACGACCCGUUGAGCCAAGGUAGAGAGGGAGGGAGCUGACCUCCUCCAGGGGCUGGGAGACUUGCAUGAGAGGCUGGAGAGCAGUGGUGCCAGUUUGGCUCAGCUGGAGAUAACUGAGAAACAAAAAACAAAAUUCCAGAAGCUUUGCAGAGGCAUGGAAGAGGUCACACUGCCCUUUGAGACAACUUCUGCCUCUUGGAAGAAUAGUCAUGCUGCACUCCCAGGCCAGGCAGAAGACCUAUAGUAGGUGAAGCAGACAUUGGAAAAAAACAAGAGUGAUUUGCUGCUAGAAGUGGAUGACAUUCUGACCAGAGCUAAGUACAUGUAAAGAGCAAAACAAAAAAACAGUGAAGAGCUCUUUACUCUGUAUGAAGAGCACUUAAAUGAAGCAAAUGCAAAACUAGAAGAAGUAACUCAGUUGGCAAAUGACCUGAAAGCACAGAAGACCAAGCUAUGUAGCGAGCAUGUGAAAUCUUUCUGCAGGCCAUUUCCCAAGGAGGCUCUAAUCAACCAGCUUUCCAGGGAAAAGAAUACCUUCACUUGGCAGGAUGAAGAACUGAAAGGGCAAAUGAAUGAGUUGUCCAAAUCACAGAGUGCCCUGGCCCAUGCCCUGCAGUCAGCCAAGUGUGACCAUGACCUUCCACAAGAGCAAUAUGAGGAAGAACAGGAGGCCAAGUCUGAGCUGCUCUGGGUCCUAUUCAAAGGCAAUGCUGAAAUGGUGCAGUGGAGGAUAAAGUAUGAAGACAACACCUCCCAGGGAACAGAAGACUUGGAGGAUGCCAAGAAGAAGCUGGCAAUUAGGUGGCAGGAGGCUGCCGGAGCCAUGGGAGUGGCCCAUGCCAGAAGUGCUUCCCAGGAGAGGGCCAGGCAGCGACUGCAGCUCGAGCUCAGGGACACCCUGUCCGACCUCGGGAAGGCCCGCUGCUCAGCAGCUGUGCUGGGACAGAAGCAGCAGCAUUUUGACAAGCGCCUCAGUAAGUGGAAGCAGAGGCACAAGGAGUUGCGGGCAAUGGUGGACGCCUCUCAGAAGGAGGCCCGGGUCCUCAGCCCUGAGCUCCUCAAGCUCAGGCAUGCCUGCGGGCAGGACACUGGGAGCUGGGGGCUCCAGAGGGAGAGCAAGAAUGUCCAGGAAGAGAUUUCUAAUCUGACAGAUCAGGUGAGAAAGGGAAACAAGAAACCCUCGCUCAGUGAAAUGGAAAAGGCUGGGAAGCAGAUCAAACAAGAGGAGACUGAAGUCUAGCUGGCACUGGAAGGAACAGAGGGAGCUCUGGAAUGUACUGAAAGCAAGAUUCAUUUACAGCUUGAACUCUUGGAAGCUAAAGCCUCCACAAAAGUAUGCAAAAUAGAAAAUUUUAGGAGGAACCAGCCGUGUGCUAUUGACUCCCUGCAGUCUAGUCUGGAUUCUGAAACUAGAAGCAGAAUUGAGACGAUGCAGGUGAAGAAGAACAUGGAAGGGGACCUCAAUGAGAAGGAACUCCAGCUUAGCUGUGCUACCUGGCAGGUGUCAGAGGCAACCAAAUUCCUGGGCCAUGUUCAGAUUCAAAUCAAGGACCUUUAGGGGUGGCUAGAUGACAGCACACAGAUGAACAGCCUGAAGGAGCAGGUGGCUGUGGCUGAGUGGCACAGCUCUCUUCUCCAUCUGAGGUCCUUGCAAGAGCAGGCAGAAUAGGGGUGCGGGCUGAUGGAGGAAGAGCUCCUGAAAGCCAUGGAGAGAAUCCAUCUUUCCCAUACCCAGAACGUGAGGGUCCUCAGCCAAAGGAAGAAACUGGAGGUUGAUACUGCCAGGAUGCAGAAAGGAGCCGAAGAGUUGGUGCAGGGCUGUCAAAAUGCAGAAGAGACGGCCAAGGGGGCAGCCUCCGAGGGGGCAGCAAACGUAUGAGAAGAACUAAAGAAAGAACAAGACACCAAUGCCCACUGGGAGAGGAUGAGAAAGAAUAGGGAACAAAGACAUAAAAGAAGACCGCACGAAGCUGAACAGACUGCCCUGGAUGAGAGCAGGAAACAAACCCAGAAGCCAGAGUCCAGGGUUCACCAGAUGGAAGGUGACCUGGAGGUCAAAAUCUGUCACAGCACAGAGGCCCAGCAUAGAGCCAGCAGACGUGAGCAAUGCAUCAAAGAGCUGACUUAGCAGAUAGCCCAGGAAACCACCCCGUUUGGCUGGCUGAGCUCUACACUGCAAAGAUGUGUUCUUCAAGCCUGAAAUGGCCUUCUAGGUCUCCUACUGCUCUCUCUCCGUCUAGGCUCGCCCUCAGUGGUAGACACUGACUCACAGUUCCAGGGCUGCUGGGCUGGUCCCUUUUUAGAGCUCUCAGGAAGCAAAAUGUGAGUGGCAAGUUGCAAUUAGAAGUGAAAAGCUAUUUAUAUUGCCCUUAUUUUUUCACACAUAAUGUCUGCAGCACUUUCAAAGAGAUGCUUUCCUGUGAGAGGCUGAGUGAGAACAGUGUGCAAAUGAAGUGACUGGCAGAGACUUGGGGUAGCAACUCAGCUGCAGGUUCCACGGGACACUGAUGAAAUUGCAGCGGGAAUAUCUCCACUCCUAUUUCCUAGUUGCACGAACACUCCAGGCCACUGAGGACUCUGGUCUGCUGCCAGGUGGAAACAUAGCAAAUGCCAAUAGGAGGCCUCCAUAGCUUUCUGACUCUGAUUUCCUGAUGACUAACAUUGGUCUCAAACAAAUCAG